AAGGUUAGUGAAGAAAAAUGCCCCUUUGUGUCUUAGACAUGGGAUUCCUAACCUCAUAGGUGGGAUGCUAAGGGAAACAUGUCUUAAGGACUCAAAUGGUCCUUCCGUCACGGAAUUGCAUACUUAACACUCAAUCUUCCUCAUCUCCUCCUCCGCCUCUGCCAUUCUCCGCCAAGCACGACGAGCUGGUCUCCCUCCUCAACACAGUCGAAUCCUCUCCAUUUAAGUUCACCACCUUGAAAAAGCUCCGAUCCAUUGUCGAAAUUAGGGAUGAGACUAAAUCAGAUUUCAUUCGAUUCAAUGGCAUUGAAAUUCUCGCUCAAAUAAUUGUUCAGAUUCUAAUCGACGUUCUUGAUUUCGUCGUGUUCCAAGCAGUGCAUGAAAUCAAUGGCAACUAUCCUUCAAAGAGGAAGCGCCGAAGUGAGGCUCCAUGCGUUAACGAUUUCCAGGAAAAUGGCAAAGACUACUUACAGUUACAAUUGGAAUUUCUUGCUUCAAGAUUAAGGCAUAGAUUCUUCAAAUCUCUGUUAGAGUUCGUUUCCGAUGAGAUUUGCAGCAAGGCGAGUUCAUGUGCGCUGGAGUUUCUAAUUGAGAUCUUAGAAACAUCAAAGAAGAGCCGAUUCAAGGCGAUAGAGUCCGACGUCGUCUGCGUCCUAAUUGAGCUCUUACCUGACUUAAAUAGAUCCAAAAGCGAGAAAAUUCUGUUUCUGAUCAAGUUACUCUGCGAUUUUAUUCAGAAGGCUGGAUAUUGCCAUGUCAUCAAUUGGGUGAGGUGUAUUGUCCAAGUAAGCUUGUGAAAAUUAAAAGAGGUAAUUAGUGGAGACUUAAUCGUGCCACGUAUGCAGUUCCGUGACAGAAGGACCAUUUGGGUUCUGGAAAAAUAAAGUUGAAGGAUGAUU